UGGGUACUUAGUCCAAUAUACACGUCACCAUGCUGAAGACUGCCAAGGCGCUGGGUCUGGCAGGCCAGGUGGCUGCCAAGGCCAUGGGCGGUGCUGCCGGCGCGACAGGCGGAAUGGGCCUCGUUGCUGCCAACGCGCAGAACAUGGCUGGCAUGGCGUCGGCUGCCUCUGAGGCAACUCCCAAAAGCCUGGGCUACACUAUGCCGGGCGAGUUUGAGCCGCACGUGGGCUGCUGGAUGGGCUGGCCUUAUAGCCCCUACCUGUGGCGCGAGAACGCCAAGCCUGCUCAGCAGCAGUACGCCGCCAUCGCCAAGGCCAUCAGCGAGUUCGAGCCCGUCUGGAUGUUCGCCGACCCCUCGUCGAUCCAGUCCGCCCGCAACCACUUCCGCGGCGUGAGCGGCGUCACGGUGGUGGAGAUGCCCAUCGAGGAUGGCUGGCUGCGCGACUGGGGCCCAACCUGUGUGGUGCGCGACGACCCCAAGACCGGCAAACGCGAGGUGGCGGGCGUGCACUGGGACUACGACUGCUACGGCGCGCCCGGCAAGAAGAAGCUGGGCCUGCCCGCGAUGAUGCCUGAGUGGCAGAAGGACCACGCCGCCGGCCGCGCCAUUCUGGACUGGGCGGGCCUCAAGGCCUUCGAGUGCCCCCUGCACCUGGAGGGCGGCUCCAUCCACUCGGACGGCCAGGGCACGCUGGUUGUGACUGAGGAGUGCCUGCUGCAUCCCAGCCGCAACCCGCACCUGGGCAAGGAGGGCAUUGAGCGCAUGCUCAAGGAGUACCUGGGGCUGGAGAAGAUCAUCUGGCUGUGGAAGGGCAUGAUGGGAGACGACCACGUGGUGAACGGGCACGUGGACAACAUGGCCACCUUCUCCGAGCCCGGCACCAUCCUGCUGUCCUGGUGCGACGACCCCAACGACCCGCAGCACGAGGUGUCGGCGCGCAACCUGGAGAUCCUAGAGAACACCGAGGACGCCCUGGGCCGCCGCAUCAAGGUGAUCAAGCUGCCCGCGCCCACGCCCGGCAUGUUCCGCUCCUUCAAGGAGGCCAACGGCAUGCACCCCGACCACGCCAAGAAGGGCUACGUGCCGCGCGUGGCCGGCGAGCGCCUGGCCGCCAGCUACAUCAACCACUACAUCGCCAACGGCGGCAUCGUGUGCCCGCAGUUCGGCGGCGCGCAGUCCAAGUCUGACGAGCUGGCACUGGAGAUCCUGUCCAAGGCCUACCCCGGCCGCAAGGUGGUGGGCGUGCACAGCCGCGACGUGCUGCUCAACGCCGGAAACGUGCACUGCAUUACUCAGCAGCACGUCGCUCCGCGCGGCUAGACGCACACGGCAGCCGCCCCCGCCUGCUGCUGCCCGCCGCCACCCCUUCCGGACGGCGCGGAGGGCAGCCCGAAGUAAGAGCAGCUGGUGGACGGCAGAGCGCUGUGCUGCGCCGGCAGGGCGGACCGACCCAGCCGCCGCAGUGCCCAGGAAGGCAGGCUGUAGCACGGAGCAGGCAGCAAGCGGCUGUAGCACGGCGCAGGGGCCGCUUGGCGGCGUGCCACAUUGCAGCGUGCGGAUAGCAUACUGUUCGGACCCGGGAUGAUGCGGAUGGAGACCAAACACGAGAUCCGUGGCAAGUAAGUAAUAGCCCAUGGCAAAUGGGAGAGUACAGUAUUACCUAUGAUGAGUGGGGGCGGAUGGCAGCGAUGCUUUUCUGGUGGCGGUUUGGAUUGCUAGGCACCUGGUUUGGCUAUGUGCCUGUGGAAACCGACCCCGGCUAUGUCCGGGCGAUGAGGUUGUUCGGCCUCAGACUGUGGAGGGGUUCAGCCCCUUGUCUCUUGACCGGGGAGCACUUGUCUGGUGGCGUCUCGGUUCGGUUUGUGGAUGGGAGUGGCGGGCCAGCUUUGUGUGUGUGUGUGUGUGGCAGGGUGAGUGUCGGGAGUAGGAGUAGCGAUACGUAAUUGCGUCUGUGGGAAACCGGAUUUAUGCUACGUACGUACGAUCUGCACUGCUCAGAGGAUCGAUCAAGCGCGUGUGGGUGGAGGCAUGCAGUCUGAGGGUGGGUUUCGCCUCGAUUCCUGUCCAUUGAGGGCGCGCAUGCUCCCCCACACGCACACACGCACAUGCAUGGUUCGUUGCGCCCGCAGCUGCCUUUUACUAUAAUUCGGACUUACUCUUGACCCGGAGGCCGGAGCACGCCAAUGACGGGGCUUGCUUGGGAGAUUGCGCAACAGGGAAGGGAUGCAUGCUGAUUGAGAGCAUUGGGGCAGGGUUGACGUUGAGAGCAUCGGGCGUUGUGGGAGAGUCAGGGAGGUUGUGAACAAGAUGCACGGAUCAUGCGGGCUUUACUGUCCGCUAUGUAACAACAGAAGGCG